UCUUGCCAACACCCCUCACAUGGAGGACCCCAGUAGCUUCUCUUCUCCAAAGUUCUCUAAGGCCAGCUCCAUGAACAAACGAGGAACUAAAAGUGCACAGGGUUCUCCCUGCAGACUUCAAACAGAGCAACGUGGGCAUUUGAAAGAGCAAGGGCUUGCUAGAAAAGUGAGAGGAUCUGUUGCCAAAGAGGCGAAACAUCGCAUUCCCACAACAAAAGGCUUGACAUUAACCACUGAGCAAGUCUCAAGUACAAAAGGAGAUGUUGGUUAUGUGAAAGCAAUGAUCAGCUGUUUUGACAAUUUUUCGAAGGCUACAGGUCUCUUGGCUUUGGUUCCUGUAUUUACUAUCAUGUUUCAUGUUCUCGUAAAAUCAUAA